CUAGGAAACUUCGUGGAAGCUACACUCGAGAAAAGAAUGGACCUGCUACUCAUGCCUUCACUGCACCCAUUUAACCCCCUUCACCUUCCUCUCACUUUCCCCUCACAACACAAUUCUCCUUCUCUUCUCUUCUCUUAUUAUCCCUCUUCUUUCUUUCUUCUCAAUUCCAUCCGUUAUAUUCACUUUCCAUCUCAAUUCCAAUGAAGUUCAUUAACCCUAAAAACCUCUCUCCCAAACACCUUUUCCGUUCCAAGAAGGAAAAAUCAUCCGUAUCACGAUCCGACCCGCUUUCCUUCGGGUCAGCUUCUUCCUCUGACGACUCCACUCACAAAGCCGUCACCGGAGGCUCUCAAACACCUACCAGCGUCCUUCCUGAAGCAUCGUCCAGCUCGUGGUCCGACGUCACCGUCGAAGUUCAAUGGGAGCUUGCUCAGGCGUUCAGAUUAAUCGACCGCGACAACGACGGCGUCGUUUCGCGUGAAGAACUCGAAGCCGUUCUGACGCGCCUCGGAGCGCGUCCGCCUAGCUCCGAGGAGAUCGAGAUGAUGCUAAGCGAAGUUGAUAGCGAUGGUAGAGGAUGCAUAAGCGUGGAAUCGAUCAUGAACCGGAUUGGAUCGGGUUCGGCUUCGGCUUCGGAUCCGAAUCCGGAGGAAGAACUGAGGGAAGCGUUUGAGGUUUUUGAUACGGAUCGGGAUGGGAGAAUCUCCGCGGAAGAGUUGUUGAGGGUUUUUAGAGCAAUUGGGGAUGAACGGUGUACGUUAGAGGAGUGCCGGCGUAUGAUAGCAGGUGUUGAUAAAAACAGAGAUGGGUUUGUCUGUUUCGAGGAGUUUUCGUGUAUGAUGGAGAUGCAGCGAUGAUGGUGACUGUGAUUAUGAAGAAAAAAAUAACAAUAUAAUAAUAUAAAUAUAUUACUAAAUGAAGAAAAAAAACAAUUUCUUUGAUCAUCUAUGUUGUUCUUCUUAGUCCGUUUCUUUUUGUUGUAAAUUUUUUUUGUUGCUGUAAACCAUCUUUUUAGUCUUAAAAUUGUAAGAUUAUGAAAAGUUGGGAUUAAAUGUAAGAAAUAUCAAAAUGUUUUUUUUAAAAUUAUUUAAUGUUAGUUAAAUGCUUGCCUUUAA